AGCGCAACCAGCCUCUGUACAUAGAGUCAUAGACACUGAAGCCAGUCCACUGUGAAUCUCCAAAGCUCGAGAAGAAGCAACGAUGUCAAAGCUGGGUCUUCUUCGAGCCUCAAUCAUGUCAAGCCUCUCCGUCCGUACGGCCAUGGCGCAAAACCGCUGCCUCACUUCGCUUCUGCGCGAACCGGCGAGACGGUUUUCGACGGAAGCCAAAAACCCGCUUCAGGACUCUUCAACGUCCGAUCAGCCGCUGGAGUCUUCUCCGUCCGAUAAGCCUCAGAAGUCUUCGCCAUCCAAUAAGCCUCAGGAGUCUUCGCCGUCCGAAUCAUUUUUCGAAACCCCAAGCACAGGAUCGGUGUAUGGGAGGCUGCUUGGAGUCAAAAGGAAUACGCUGAAGACAGACGUCGUGAAUUUGCUGGAAGGCUGUAAUUUGAGUCUGGAUGAUGUUAAAAUGGAUUAUAAUCGGUGGUUUACGGCGAUAGGAAUGUUAGUGCAAUUCCCGUCGCGGCAAGCCUAUGAUAAUGCAAUUAGGAUGAUUGCCAAAAAGGGCCGCCUGUUUAAAUUGGAGAGGGCUAAUCGAGCGGAAUGGGACUCUCUUACUCCCUAUGAUGGAAAAACGGUUUUAUUGCAAGGAAUCCCUCCUAAUGCGGUUCCAGAAGAUGUAGAUCGUUUUCUGUCUGGUUGUGAAUAUGAUUCGUCUUCCCUCCAAUUAAGUUUCAGACCUUCCCAAGAGCCCGCUAAAUGGGCAACUGUUCGCUUUCAUACUCAAACUGAGGCAAUGAAUGCAUUCCUUGUGAAGAACAAAGGCUUCUGCCUGAAUGGUGAAGUUUUGAUGCGUGUUCUCCAGUAACAGUUUCUGCUUUCUUGGUUCCCUUUGUCAGGAGCAUUGCUUUGAGACAUGAUAAAAUGAGGAUAGGAUUUUGUAGUAUCAUCUGAACUCGGUAUAUGCUGUUAUGUAGCAUGUUAACAGUUCCUUGUUAUAAGAUGUCUUUUCUUUCCCCAUUUUUUCUCACGUUUUAAGGAAGCUAAGAAUCUUUUGUUCUUUAUUCGUUUUUUCAAUAAAGAAAAAAAUUGGCGGCAAA